GCGAUAAACCCUAGCCGCGAGGCAAAAUCAAAUUCGCAGUAUGUUUUAUCUUUUUUCCCUUAACCAUGUUUUAUCGUUCUCUUAUAAUAAUAAUCAUCGCUUUUGAUAGGCGUUGCGUUCUUCGUUAGUUUUUCAUGCCGAAUUGUUGAAAUGGAACCUUCUACUACACCAAAAGCACCGUUAAUUCCUGAAAUUAAAUUAAAAUCGAAUCAGAAAAAGAAGAUUCCAUCGCCGAAAGAAUUGAUAUCUUACUAUGAAUCACAAGGGAUGGAUUCACAAGAAGCCUCAUUGAAGGUGAUAGAGGAUUUACAAAAAGCUUUGGUUGGAAUAAUUUCAUCUGGUAAAGGUAAAAAAGAUAGGGUUUUGAAUGAAUCUUCUAGAAAAAUGGAUUCAGUGAAUAAUAGACUUGCAAUACUUGAUAUGAAGCUUGAUUCAAAGCCUGGAUUUGUUGAGACUUUUGCAAUUGGUGUUGUUUCUGGUGCUACUCUUAAUGGAUUUGGUGCUAUAUUGCCUCAUAUUUUAUCACCUAUUGCUAAUAUUUGGAAUUCUGUUACCUCAGCCACUAAAUCUACCCCUCAAUGAUAGUUGUGUAACAUUUGUAAUUUAUUGUUAGUUUUGUAAACUAUUGUUUAAUUGUAUGUAAUUGUAUUAACAUUGUAUUCUAGUUAUGUAAAUGAAAUACUAGUUAUGCAAUUGACUUAUUAAUA